UUGUGGAUUAUUCCAUGCUUAGUGUUUUUGCUUCUUCAGGCGGUGAAUGGUUGGCUCGGCGAGCCCAGUGAUUUCCCUGAAUCAUAUGGGAGUUUCAAGAGGACGAGGGUCUGGGAUCACCAAAGACUGAAACGCAAUCUCCCAUUUUCAGUUACACCGCCAGAUAUUUAAAUUUCAGGGUUACAGGAUGACAAUGGCAUCUAUCAAAUCCAUCCUCAGCGAGGCUGGACAUGGAAACUAUGCGUGACCACUGAGCCGGACCUUGAAGAUUGAAUGAGCAUGUUUGGCACAGUACCUAUUCGGCUGAAUUCCCACCUCGUAGCAGCAGGUUACGCACUUGGCCUCCCUCAGAUGCACUUAUAGCGCGCAGAUUUGACUUGACUCGUCUCUCGGCACUGAGAUUUUUAUACAUGUCACCCACCAUGGUGGAGCACAGCGGUCUGGAUAUUAUGUGUCUGAACAAGUACUGUCACAGUUCCUCCUCCUCGUCCAGCUCCGAGAACGACAAGAAGAUUUUCUCCAAACUAAAACGCAGUUUGUCUCGGGACUACCCGAGGAAGAACGCAGAGAUCCUCAGUGGUCAGUACGGGACCAACGUGCUGCUGAUCGGGGCGGCGUUGAUGUUGGCCAUUGCGCACCAUGGCCCCACUGUCAAGGAAGAACACCUGUUGUCCUUUGUCACCUGCCUCAUGAUCCUCCAGCUGAUCUGGAUGAUGUGGUACAUCCUGGUGCGGGACAGACAGAAGAACACGCGGACGGACAAAGACGUCCACGCCACCACAUGCUGGAUAAGAGGUGGUUUGACUCUCCUUGCGCUCCUUUCACUGAUUAUGGACGCUUUCCGAAUUGGGUAUUAUGUUGGCUAUCAGUCCUGUGUGUCGGCUGUGCUCGGGGUAUACCCUGUCAUCCAUGCAACUCACACCAUAGCGCAGGUGCAUUUUCUCUGGUUUCACAUCAAGGAUGUCAUCAAGAGUUUUGAAACAUUUGAGAGAUUUGGUGUAAUCCAUGCAGUCUUUACCAACCUCCUCCUGUGGUGCAACGGUGUAAUGUCAGAGGCCGAGCAUUUCCUGAACAACCAUAAGAGAAGACUCUCUGUCCUGGGAUACGGAAACCUCACCAUAGCGCACUCAGAACCUCAGUGUAACUGCACCACCAGCACUUGCUCCAUGUUCUCCAGCAGCCUCUACUAUCUCUAUCCCUUCAACAUUGAGUACCACAUCUUUGUCUCUGCCAUGCUCUUUGUCAUGUGGAAGAACAUCGGGAGGACCAUUGAGCUUUCUUCAAACCGGAAGAGGCUGGCUACCAAAACCCAGGGCCUGACCUUAGGUCCCAUUCUAGGUCUGCUUGCACUGGCCAGCACUAUCGGGAUCCUGGUGGUCUACAUCACCCAUGUGGAGGAAUCCCUCCAAACACGUCAGUCAGCCAUCUCCAUGUUCUACAUAUAUGGCAUUGUCAUGCUGGUGUUUAUGUGCUCUGCCGGUGCUUCAGGUCUGCUCAUAUACAGAGCUGACCACAUGCCACUGGACACCUCUAAGAACCCGUCCAGACAGCUGGACACAGAGCUGCUAUUUGGGUCGUCCAUUGGCUCCUGGCUCAUGUCCUGGUGCAGCAUAGUGGCGGUGUUAGGCACCAGCAGCAGUCCUCCUUACCGCUGGACCAACUUCGUCUACUCUCUGCUUAUUGUGCUGGAGAAGUACAUACAGAAUGUCUUCAUCAUAGAGUCCCUGUAUCGGCAGCAAGAGGAUAGAGAGAGGGAGGACUCCGAGUUACUAGGUGCUCCAGAAAUCUUCUCAGUGACAUCCUCUUUGGCCCCGCCGUACAACGGCAUCAUCAACAGGGCCUACGAGACUCCAGACAGGACGUGCGUCACCAUGGAGAACGAGCAGGAAGGAAGUGGACAUGUUUACAGAUGUCCAAGGAAACCCUCUGAGGUGCCACUGCCUGUGGGAAACAAAGUAGUAGAACCCUCAAAGAUAAAGAGGCAAAUCCUGAAGAACAUCGCUGUCUUCCUGCUGAUGUGCAACAUCUCGCUGUGGAUCCUUCCUGCCUUUGGCUGCCGGCCACAAUAUGACAACGGGUUGGAACAAGAGGCAUUUGGCUUCGCCAUAUGGACCACAGUUCUCAAUUUCGCCAUUCCUUUAAACCUUUUCUACCGCAUGCACUCAGUUGCCUCCCUCUUCGAGGUGUUCCGCCGGGUCUGACAGAAUAGCAAAUAACUGACAACGCCAGAUAACAUGCACUGGUACACUUGUCACCACCAGCUCCCGAGAGUGUCUCAGAGCACAGGUCAACCGUUCAGGAGGCAGUCUGGGUCACACUCCAACAGACUUGAAAGCAAGCCGCGGAGACAAACAACACACAGAUCCCUCAGUGUGGGGAUUACAGAGGAGGACGAACCUAUUAGCCUAUGUUCCUUGAAGAAUUACCUUGUAUAACAUGAGGCCUGUUCAAGAUGGCGAUGAAAAGAACCUUUGGUUCUAAGAAUUUCAAAAGGGCCCUUUGUAUUUUUUUUUUUCCUCUAAUUGCAUUUUGGUAGGUUUUACUCCCUGGUGCAUCAUGUAAAUUGUAUAUGCUGUAUCUGACAAUGCACAUUUUGUACUGUUUCAUAUUAAUAACUGAAAGUAUAUCACAAAAUACUGCAGCUAAGCCACGGAAGCACCUGUUAGUCUCAAAUAUCUUAAAAGUUACUAGUACUGUCUUUAACAGAGCCACAAGUGCUUGGUGUGCCACUAUAUAUGGAUAUUGUUCUCAUUUGCUUCUCUUGGUAGUUCAAGUAUUUUAAUGGGACAGUAUGCAACACUUGAGCUACAACAAUAGUGAUGAUCUUAGCAAUAUAUUUUGAGUAAUCUUUAAGAGUUGGACUAUAGUUCUCAGAAGUAGACCCUGUCUGUUAAGGUUUGUCUAUGUCCUUUUGUAUGCUGAUUAUCUGUGCUGUCAAGUUGAAUGGUAAGUUGUGUUCAGAAUUAUGUUACUAGGUAGCGCUAUUUCGAUUAUACUGGUGUUCUGUGAUCUGUACGCACAUUAUAUUGAAAAGGAUGUUAACAUGAAAGGAGCUGGUUCAGUACUGUUCAAAUCAGGUGCAUUUGUGUUGUGAAAACUGGGUAUCUCAUACCACAGUAGUUCCAGGAUUAUUAGGCUACACCAGUAUAAAAUAUAAAAUAUAUUGGUGUGUUGACAACUGCUACACAUGACCAGAGAUUGUAUGUUUACACCUGAAGUACCAGCAAUAAAAAAAAACUUUCCAGUCUGUUUCAGUUUGAUAUAAAACACAGAUAUGCUGUAUACUUGUACUGUGCAAUUUUAUAUCAAAUCAAUGUAUGUCUUCAGUCAGCAAGUUCUCAACCUGGUGCUAUCCACUGUAUGUGUUCUCACUAUGUGCCAACAUGUUGUUAAAUCCUUGUUUUUAUUUUCUUUUUAAUUAUUAUUAUUAUUUUUUGGGGGGGGAGAUACAAACUGCAAUAUUACAUCAUCUUUGUAAAUACUGUCAUGUUGAUCAAAAUCAUCAUUCAGACACUGUGAUGCAAUUUUGUGAAAUUCCAAUGGUGCUCACAUGAAAUUACAUGUACAAUAGUGAUGAAAGCAUAUCUCUGGCCUCUUGAAAUAAAUAGUAGUUUUCUCUUUUUCAUGUACAACACCUGUCACAUCUCUUUUGUUUUCAACCUAA